AUGUCUCAGGAAAAUCAACAAAUUUUGAAACAGUUUUAUAAUUGUUGUAUUUUACGUGACGGUAAGAUCUUAAAGGAGGAUCUAUGGGUUCGCGAUGGGAAAGUAGUCAAUUCGGAAAAAAUCUUUUAUGUUGAAAAAGUUAAACCGAAUGUUAGGAUCGAUUGUAAAGAAGCGUUAAUUUCACCUGGGUAUAUUGAUCUUCAGAUUAAUGGUGGUUUUGGUAUAGAUUUUACACACAAUGUUGAUAAUGUACAAGAAGGUAUUAAUAAAGUAGCUAAGAAAUUAUUGGAAUUUGGUGUAACAUCAUUUUGUCCAACUCUGGUCACAUCACCCAAUGAAACAUAUCUUAAAAUAAUGCCAAAUAUUAAGAAAACAAAAGGUGGAAAACAUGGUGCAUCUGUAUUAGGCAUCCAUUUAGAGGGACCAUUUAUUAGUCCAAACAAAAAGGGAGCUCAUGCAGAAAAUCAUAUAAAACAGUUUGAAAAAGGUUUCAAAUCACUAAUUGAUAUGUAUGGAACUUUAGAAAAUGUGUGCCUUGUCACAUUGGCACCAGAACUUCCUAAUGCAUUAAAUGUAAUUGCAGAAUUAUGUAAAAGAGGCAUUAAAGUUUCUCUUGGACAUUCUAUAGCAAAUCAACAUGAAGGUGAAGAGGCUGUGAAAAGUGGAGCUUCCUUUAUUACCCAUCUCUUUAAUGCAAUGUUACCAUUUCAUCAUAGAGACCCAGGAUUGGUUGGGCUCCUAACAUCUGAUCAAAUUCCUCCUGGAAGAAUUGUCCAUUAUGGUAUAAUUGCAGAUGGGAUACAUACCCAUCCUGCAGCAUUACGUAUAGCUCAUAGAACACAUCCUGAAGGUCUCGUUUUAGUAACUGAUGCAUUAUCAGCAUUGGGAUUAGAAGAAGGUGUACAUCAAUUAGGGCAACUGAAGAUAGAAAUGCGUAUGGGACGUGCUUACAUCGCAGGAACAGAAACACUAUGCGGUAGUACAGCGGAAAUGUCAAAGUGUGUUCGUUAUUUCAAAGAGGCAACAGUUUGUUCCACAGUAGAAGCUUUAGAAGCUGCAACUCUUCAUCCGGCAAAAACUCUUGGCAUCGAAAAAAAAAAAGGAGUUUUGAACUACGGAGCAGAUGCUGAUUUCGUAUUGUUAGAUGAAAAUUUAGAAUUAUUAUCGACUUGGAUAUCGGGAGAAUGUGUAUAUUUAAAUGUAAGAUAG